UCAAAAAACUCAAUUGUCAAAAAUUCUGAAUUCUGCUUGUAAUUGUAAUUUUCAACAAGAACUGAAACUAGGAAAACUCUUUGAGAUAAAAUAAAUUCAAAAUACUUAUUAGAAGUUGUUAAUAAGAAGCUAAAAUGCCAGACCACUUAGGAGAUGAUAUGAGGAAAGUAAAAGCUUCCGAAAAGGAACCUGAGGAAAAAGAAAUCAAAUCUCUCGAUGAAGGAGAUAUUUUACUUCUCAAAACUUAUGGCCAAGGACAAUACACUAAAACUAUCAAGACUGUUGAAGAAGACAUCCAAACAAUUAUCAAACGAGUAAAUGAAUUGACUGGUAUCAAAGAAUCUGAUACAGGACUUGCUCCCCCUGCUCUUUGGGAUCUGGCUGCAGAUAAACAGACAUUACAGAAUGAGCAACCGUUGCAGGUAGCACGGUGUACCAAGAUCAUCAACGCUGAUACUGAUGAUCCAAAGUACAUCAUCAAUGUUAAACAGUUUGCCAAAUUUGUAGUUGACUUAGCUGACUCUGUGGCACCUACAGAUAUCGAAGAAGGGAUGAGAGUUGGUGUUGACCGCAAUAAAUAUCAAAUUCACAUACCUCUUCCCCCAAAAAUCGAUCCAACUGUUACCAUGAUGCAGGUAGAAGAAAAACCAGAUGUCACAUACAGUGAUGUAGGUGGAUGCAAAGAACAAAUCGAAAAAUUGAGAGAAGUUGUGGAGACUCCUUUGUUACAUCCAGAGAAAUUCGUAACAUUGGGAAUUGAACCACCAAAAGGAGUAUUGCUCUUUGGGCCCCCUGGAACUGGUAAAACUCUCUGUGCAAGGGCUGUCGCCAAUCGGACAGAUGCUUGCUUCAUCAGAGUUAUAGGAUCUGAACUGGUACAGAAAUACGUAGGUGAAGGAGCUCGUAUGGUGAGAGAGCUAUUCGAGAUGGCCAGGUCGAAAAAGGCCUGUUUGAUUUUCUUUGAUGAAAUUGAUGCCAUCGGUGGGGCCAGAUUCGAUGAUGGAGCAGGUGGUGAUAACGAGGUACAACGUACUAUGUUAGAAUUGAUUAAUCAGUUGGACGGUUUCGAUCCAAGGGGUAACAUAAAGGUUCUUAUGGCAACGAAUCGACCAGAUACUUUAGAUCCUGCUCUAAUGAGACCUGGAAGAUUAGAUAGGAAAGUUGAAUUUGGACUACCUGAUUUGGAGGGAAGAUCACAUAUUUUCAAGAUUCAUGCUAGGUCAAUGUCAGUAGAAAGAGAUAUUCGUUUUGAACUUUUGGCAAGAUUGUGCCCCAAUUCAACGGGUGCUGAAAUCAGAAGUGUUUGUACUGAAGCUGGAAUGUUCGCAAUCAGAGCCAGAAGGAAGGUAGCUACCGAGAAAGAUUUCUUAGAGGCUGUAAAUAAGGUUAUCAAAUCCUAUGCUAAAUUUUCAGCUACUCCAAGAUACAUGACCUAUAAUUAAAAAUUUGUGUUAAUUUUUUUCUGUACUUCAAUACAGUGAGUAUUAAAGAAUUUCUAUUUAAUGUA